AUGAGAUGGGGUCAUAAAGCUAAUCCAGAUAGGUGGUUCAUAAACUUACAACCACAAUUCCAAGAAGUUGUAGACGCAAUGGAAGUCAAUGGUGAACGAGAUAUAGCUGGUAUUUUAAGCGCGGCUUUAAUGCCAUUGAAAGAUAUGAAAGAUGCAGAUAUUUUGAACCAGUAUGAAAUGAACAUGGCUGAUGGAAAUAUAACACCUGACGUUCUAGAACAUUUAUCUCAAAGAACUACACAGAACCAUAAAGAUGGUAUAUUUGGUGAAGAGUUUAGAAAGAAAGUUAGGGAUAGAGAAGGAAGAGAACCUAUUGUACAUGACCUUGCAAACGAAAGUUUACAAAAUGUCAUAAAAACUUACUUUGCAGACAAUGAACCGAGAAGGGAUGAAUAUUUAAGAAAACUCAAAUGGACAGUACCAAAUGAAAUGUUAGUAUUGAAAAACAUGUUCCUUGACAAAAUAAAACCAACUACAGAAAUAAACGACGCAAGACUGAAAGAUUGGGUAAAAGCUUUCCCAUUCACAAAAGAUAUAGUUGGUAACAUGGAAAGAAAACCAGAAUGGCUACAAAAACAUAUAUUUGGAAACGAGCAUAUUCCAUAUGGACAGGCACUGUUUGAAGAGCUUGAACCGGAAACUCAGGAAAGAGUCAUGCAAACAAUACGCGAAGACUCAAAUACAGACUAUGACAAACUCUUUCUAGGAUAUAGGUUACCUGAGAUGGGCGACCAGAGCCAAAAGGCAAAAAGGACAUGGGAAAUUUGCAACAUACUAGAUGAACAUAAUGCAAAGAUGCAACAACUUCAAGCAGAGGGCAAUGAAGGAAAAAGAAGAGUUAAAAACUCAGUCAGGAAGAAAGUAA